UGGAGAAUUCAGAAUCAGCAUGUUAAUAUUAUCCUUCACAUCGAACCGUACACGUGUCACGUAACACUGGCUUCACAAAAUUCUUCUGGAUAACAAAGCCCAUAACAUACGAGUUCCAUACAAUCAAAGAUGACACUAGCUAGACAUUUUCGUUUUCAUCUCCCCACGAAUCAAAGAUGGCUUUUGCCAUUGCUUCUGCUCUCACUUCCACACUCACAUUAUCCACGAGCAGAGUCCAAAAUCCUACCCAGAGAAGACCACAUGUAGCGUCCACAUCAUCCACCGGUGGAAGAUUAAUGAGAGAGCGCUUGGUGGUGGUUCGUGCCGGCAAAGAAGUUUCUAGCGUCUGUGAACCACUUCCUCCGGACCGUCCUUUAUGGUUCCCUGGUAGCUCUCCACCUGAAUGGCUCGAUGGCAGCUUACCUGGUGAUUUCGGUUUCGAUCCUCUCGGUUUAGGGUCUGAUCCGGACACCCUCAAAUGGUUUGCACAAGCUGAGCUUAUACAUAGCCGGUGGGCAAUGCUGGCCGUGACCGGUAUCAUAAUACCAGAAUGUCUCGAGCGGUUAGGUUUCAUUGAAAAUUUCUCAUGGUAUGACGCAGGGUCUCGUGAGUACUUCGCGGAUUCCACUACGCUGUUUGUGGCUCAAAUGGUUUUAAUGGGCUGGGCAGAAGGUAGAAGAUGGGCUGAUUUGAUUAAACCGGGGUCUGUUGACAUAGAACCAAAGUACCCGCAUAAAGUAAAUCCUAAACCGGAUGUUGGUUACCCUGGAGGUUUGUGGUUCGAUUUUAUGAUGUGGGGGAGAGGUUCUCCUGAACCGGUAAUGGUUUUGAGGACUAAAGAGAUUAAGAACGGACGGCUCGCGAUGCUUGCUUUCCUUGGGUUCUGUUUCCAAGCUACCUACACUAGCCAAGAUCCAAUUGAGAAUCUCAUGGCUCAUCUGGCUGAUCCUGGUCAUUGCAACGUCUUUUCGGCAUUUACAUCACAUUAAUGAGGAUUAGCUUGGGGCGAAUAUAAUAUUUUUUAUAUAUUUAUGGAUGUUGAACUUUUGUAUAGUGUCACUCGCCGUUGUUACAACUUCUGCUUACUUAAUUAACAUGUAAAAUAUAUUUUAUAUAUAUGUAGAAGAAAGAAACAAGAAGAGAAAAUGAGCAUUAUUAUAUU